CGGGUUGGAGCGGAUUCCCCGAGCACGCCCGGGAGAGGUGGAGCGGUGGCGGGCAGCGGUGGCUUUGCAGAGGCAGAAAGGUUCGAGAAGGUCUGCGCAUCUCCCGGGCAUGGCUGGCAGUGACACCCGGCUUCCCCGCACCGCGCAGACCCGCAGUAUAUAACCCAUGCCGGUACCCGCUCAGACUCUCUCUGCGGUGCCGCCUCAGGAAGCGCUCACUCCGGUCCUGGAGAGAUGGACGGCAAAGUUUCCGAGGGAGCGGACACCUCCUCCUCCUCCUCCUCUUCAUCACUUUCCUCCUCCGGCUCCCAGACUCUGUCAGAAGGGGAGAUGAAGGCGUCUACCGGGGGGAGCAACACCGACUGCGACUCUGAGGGGCAACACCUGAGACAGGAGGAGGAGGGGGCGGCAGCGGGGAGACGGGAGCAGGACGAGGCGGACGAGGAGCUUGACAACAUAUUGUCCCCACCUCCUAUGCAGUUGCGCAAAUGUAGCACUCCGGAGGUGUCAUUUCGUUCAAGCAAGUCCGUGAAAUACAAAAAGUCACUGAAUGAGGAUGGACGACUGCUGAGAAGAGGAAGUCUGGGAGGUGCCCUGACUGGACGAUACUUGCUACCUGCUGCCACUGCACAACAGAAUUGGCAGGCAUCUACGGAAACCUCUAAUUUGGUGCGAAUGCGGAGCCAGGCUCUAGGGCAGUCGGCCCCUUCUCUGACAGCCAGCCUGCCGGAUCCUGGACGAAUACAGAAAGAACUGAGCCUACCAAGACGGGGAAGCCUUUGUCGGACGAGCAACAGGAAAAGUUUAAUCGGCAACAACCAAUCCCCGGCUCUCCCCCGACCCCACUCUCCACUUUCUGCUCAUACAGGAAGCAGCCCACAAGACAGCCCGAGGAACUUCUCCCCGAGUGCAUCCGCUCAUUUUUCAUUUGCACGAAGGACAGAUGGACGCCGUUGGUCUUUGGCAUCUCUGCCCUCAUCUGGGUAUGGAACGAAUACGCCAAGCUCCACUGUAUCUUCAUCCUGCUCGUCCCAGGAGAAGCUACACCAGCUACCAUAUCAGCCGACGCCAGACGAACUACACUUUUUGUCCAAGCAUUUCUGCACGGAGAGCAUUGCCAGUGAUGACAGAUGCCGUAACACGCCACUGCGCCCGCGCUCCAGGAGUCUCAGCCCUGGACGAACACCCGCCUGCUGUGACCACGAGAUAAUUAUGAUGAACCAUGUGUACAAGGAACGAUUCCCUAAGGCCACGGCUCAGAUGGAAGAGCGACUUCAGGACAUUAUCACCAACUAUUCCCCUGACAGCGUGCUUCCGCUACCAGAUGGCGUGCUUAGCUUCACACACCAUCAGAUAGUGGAGUUGGCACGAGAUUGCCUGGACAAAUCCCACCAAGGUCUCAUAACCUCAAGAUAUUUUCUGGAGUUGCAGCAAAAAUUAGAAAAUUUAUUACAAGAGGCUCAAGAGAGGUCAGAAAGUGGAGAAUUGGCCUUUAUCAAACAACUGGCCCAGAGAAUCCUAAUUGUAAUUGCACGCCCGGCCCGCUUGUUGGAAUGCCUGGAGUUUGAUCCUGAAGAGUUUUAUUACCUUUUGGAAGCAGCAGAAGGCCAUGCCAAAGAGGGGCAAGGUAUCAAAACUGACAUCCCAAGGUAUAUCAUCAGUCAACUAGGGCUCAACAAAGAUCCUCUUGAAGAAAUAGCUCUACUGGCAAAUUAUGACAGUGGAACAGCAGAAACACCAGAGACAGAUGAAUCUGCCAGUAGCUCAAAUCAGUCAUUGAAAAUGAGAAGAAAGCCUUGUGAAAUUGACUUUGAAACAAUGAAACUAAUCAGCAAUGGCGCUUAUGGGGCUGUUUAUUUAGUGCGACAUAAAGAAACCCGUCAGAGAUUUGCAAUGAAGAAAAUCAAUAAGCAGAACCUAGUCCUUCGAAACCAGAUUCAACAGGCCUUUGUGGAGAGGGACAUCUUAACAUUUGCAGAGAAUCCAUUUGUGGUCAGCAUGUACUGCUCCUUUGAGACGAGACGUCAUCUAUGUAUGGUCAUGGAAUAUGUCGAAGGAGGAGACUGUGCAACACUGUUAAAAAACAUGGGUCCUUUGCCUGUAGACAUGGCCCGAAUGUAUUUUGCUGAAACUGUCCUUGCCCUGGAGUAUCUCCAUAACUAUGGGGUCGUCCACAGAGACUUGAAACCUGACAACCUGCUGGUGACCUCAAUGGGACAUAUUAAGCUGACAGAUUUCGGACUUUCCAAAGUGGGCCUUAUGAGCAUGACGACUAACCUUUAUGAGGGUCACAUCGAAAAGGACGCCCGAGAGUUCCUGGACAAGCAGGUCUGUGGAACCCCUGAAUACAUUGCCCCAGAGGUGAUUUUGAGGCAAGGUUACGGAAAGCCUGUUGACUGGUGGGCAAUGGGGAUUAUUUUGUAUGAAUUCCUGGUUGGAUGCGUCCCGUUCUUUGGAGAUACACCAGAGGACUUGUUCGGUCAGGUUAUCAGUGAUGAAAUAAUAUGGCCUGCAAAGGAAGACGCUCCCCCGCCUGAUGCUCAGGACCUCAUUACUUUACUACUCAGGCAGAAUCCUCUCGAUAGACUUGGGACAGGGGGAGCUUACGAGGUGAAGCAACAUCCCUUCUUUUGUGCCUUAGACUGGAACAGUUUACUAAGACAGAAAGCAGAGUUCAUUCCUCAGCUUGAAUCUGAAGAUGACACAAGCUAUUUUGAUACCCGGUCUGAAAAAUACCAUCAUAUGGAAACAGAGGAGGAAGAUGAUACCAAUGAUGAGGACUUCAGUAUGGAAAUUAGACAGUUUUCCUCAAGCUCACAUAGGUUCUCUAAAGUAUUCACCAGCUUUGAUCAGAUGAUGCAGAACAAAAUGGAGGAAAAGGAUGAUACCGCUGAGAAGUCAAAGAACCUGAAUUUACCUCCUGUGGAAUCUCUCAGCUGGAGCUCUGAAUACUCUGAGAUGCAACAGCUGUCGAUAUCCACGUCUUCUGAUGCGGACAGCCUCAAGCAGCGGCACAAUACCAACCUCCUUCCAAAGUUUGCCAUCUCUUCUGACCUAGAGCGAGAUGAUUCAGGUGCUGGGGAGUCCCAGGAAGAAGGAGAUAAGUCUGUUCUUGUAUCAGAAGAUUCUCCUCAGGAAGAUCCCGAUCUCUCUACACCGGUCAGCAUUAGCAGCUCCACAGUGUCAGUGAGUAGUUUUUCAGAACACUUAGAUCAUAUAAAUGGAAGGAGCGAGAGUGUGGACAGCACAGAUAACUCCUCAAAGCUCUCCAAUGAAACUGCUUCUCAUAUGGCUCGACAGCGAUUAGAAAACACAGAAAAGCAGAAAUUGUCUGGGAAAGUGACUAAGUCCAUCUCUGCUAGUGCUCUGUCUCUCAUGAUCCCUGGAGAUGUCUACAGUGUGUCCCCUCUUGGAAGUCCAGUGUCCCCCCUUUCUUUGUCUUCAGACCCAUCCUCUAGAGACUCCUCUCCAAGCCGGGACUCUUCAAUCUCAUCUUUUAGUCCAAGGCAACCAAUCAUCAUUCAAAGUUCUGGCAAAAAGUUUGGUUUUACUCUCCAGGCCAUUAGGGUGUUUGUAGGUGACAGCGACGUGUACACCGUGCACCAUAUUGUCUGGAGCGUUGAAGAAGGAAGUCCUGCCUAUCAGGCUGGUCUUAAAGCUGGAGAUCUUAUUACCCAUAUAAAUGAUGAGCCGGUGCAUGGUCUUGUUCACACAGAAGUAAUAGAGCUCCUUCUCAGGAGUGGAAGCAAGGUGGCCAUCACAACUACAGCAUUUGAAAAUACGUCCAUAAAAACCGGCCCUGCUAGGAGAAACAGCUACAGAAGCCGAAUGGUGAGGCGUAAUAAGAAAACCAAGAAGAAGGAAAAUAUAGAAAGGAGAAGGUCUUUUUUCAAAAAGCUGGCAAAACAGCCAUCUCCUCUGCUCCACACAAGUCGAAGCUUUUCCUGUUUAAACCGGUCACUAUCAUCAGGUGAAAGCUUGCCUGCAUCGCCCACUCAUAGCCUAUCACCGAGGUCACCUACUCCAAGCUGCCGCUCCACUCCAGACUUCCCAUCUGGUACUAACUCUUCACAAAGUAGUUCUCCAAGUUCAAGUGCUCCAAAUUCCCCAGCAGGUUCUGGGCAUAUAAGACCAAGCACUCUUCAUGGUUUGGGUCCUAAGAUGGGUGGACAGAGGUACCGAUCUGGAAGACGUAAAUCUGCUGGCAGUAUUCCCUUGUCACCAUUAGCAAGAACGCCGUCGCCCACUCCUCAACCUCCCUCCCCACAACGAUCUCCAUCUCCUUUACAUGGCCAUUCAGUGGGGAACUCAAAGACUUCAACCACUUUUCCUUCCAAAAUGCACUCUCCACCAACAAUUGUUAGGCAUGUGGUCAGGCCCAAAAGUGCUGAGCCUCCAAGGUCUCCACUUUUAAAAAGAGUCCAGUCAGAGGAAAAGCUUUCACCAUCAUACUGCUGUGAGAAAAAGCACUUAUGUCCUCGCAAGCACAAUUUGGAGGUAACUAAGGAAGAAGUUCAUAAGCAGUUAUUCCAACGUGAACUUACAUUGCAGUGUCUGGAGGCAAACACAUGUGAUAUCCCUACAUCAACACGGGUUCGGCCUGUCGAGCAAGGUUGUCUGAAGCGUCCGGUAUCACGGAAACUGGGGAGACAGGAGUCCUUGGACGAGCUUGAUAAAGAGAAACUAAAGGUCAAAUUAGUUAUGAAGAAAAAAGAUGUAUCAGAAAGACAAGACUUCCUUCUAAAACAAAAUAUAAUACAGGAUUUACAUAGUGAAAUGGUAAUAUUGUCAUCAGAUGUAGAGAAGGAAGAAAAAGCACAUCAGAGUCUUAUGAAGAGAUCAAGCUUAUCGGAGAGUAAAUUUCCUGUAUAUGAACCUCGUUCUGGCGGUAUUACAUUUAAAGACACUUAUUGCAAGAAUGGAAAUCCUCGACAGAAUGGAGCCUGUAUGUCUAUGGACACCCAAUCUUUCUGUCACGGGUUACCUGUUGCAGAAAGUGCCCAUGUAUCCUAUGAACUCAAGAAGGCUCCUACUUCAUGCUCCCUGCAAGAAAAACUGAACCAUACUUCAGAGAAGUUUGUGAAAGAGGAUAAUUCAGAAAAGGUGCCUCCAACAAACAUAGAUUAUUUUAGGAUGAAAAAGUCAUUUGAAGAUAAAGAUGGUAGCCUGUGUCAAGUGUUAAAGUCUAAAAUGGUUCCGGUGUCUCACGAAUGUAUGCAAACAAAGCCCGGACUCAUGCAGACAGACUCGCUGACCCUGCUAGAUAACAGGGCUUCCAAUGUUCAGAGCAGCUCUCUCGCUUUUGCAGCAUUAAAAACUAGUACCAGCAGAUGUGAAAGCAAUGUGGACAAAUCAUCUGUUAUAGCUACAGAGACCCCCGUUCGGAAAAGUCCUUCUGAAUACAAACUAGAAACAAGGGCGGUAUCCUCCUUGAAGCCUAUCGAAGGCACAUUAGACAUAGCAUUGCUGUCAGGGCCAAAGGUGACAAAAGCAGAGUCGGAUGUUGUUUGUAAUAACGAUAUCAAACCUGUUGAUCAAAGCCGUAAUUCUAAGAAUGAGGUUGUAGACAAUGGAAACACUUUAAUAUUUACUAAAACAAAUGCUAAUUAUUCAAAUAUUCAUGUCGGGCACAAGGGACCUAUUAAAGAGGAUCAGAGUGAGAGUCUACAAGCUGAAUGUCACACUGUUAAGGUUCAUCAGAACAAAGAGACAUCAGGCAUCGGAACAAAAGAAAAUGUUGUAGACAUGACUAAUUCACUCGAAAGUCAAGGGAUAAGCAUGCUGCAGCCAAUAUUGAGGUGUCCAGUGACAGAAAUAUUGGCUUCUUCAGUGAAAGCGAAUAGACAAGAGAUGGCAACUCAGGAUAUGUCCUCUGUCAAAUGCUCACUGGAGCAAAGACAUAGUACAUCAUACUCUGAAAGGACUUGUACAUUCAGAGAGUCCUGUGAGAAUACUCCUGCUACGAGCUUGACACAAUCUAGCAACUCCGGAAAGUACAUCUCAGCGUUUGUCUGUAUAGAGGAAAGAAAUCAACAGGCAUCUGUUCCCCAGAUAGAAUCUAAUCAUCACGUAUCUGUGGUUAGGAAUAUCGAACCUUCUCUUCUAGUUGAACUGGGGCCUGAUAACAAAACGUUGUCAACUGCACAAGCUAAAUCCACUGACCUAAGCUACAAUAGCCAAAGUAAAAAUCCAGAGAACGCUGCAGAGAACAAAAGAAAAACUAAUGCUGAAUGUCUAGUUUUGGGAAAAGAGACCUCUCGUCCAAAUAUUCAGCAGACGCCUUUGUCCUUGAAUGUCAAAUCUGAAACCGCUAUUAAAAACCUGACAUCUGUUAGAGAGGGGCCAAUUUCUGUAGAGACAAUGCUUGUCAGCUGCAGGAACAAGUCAAAAGUGGUAAUGGAACCUAAACCAGAUUCUCAUACCAUAUCCCACUCUGAUAAAAUGUCUUCACCACAAAAGCCUAACUCACAGCUGUCUGACCAAGCAGGCAGUCAAACACUGCAAAUAUCCGAAGGUCCAAUAAAAGCUGUUACAGUCUUGAGUGCCAGCAUUAGUAAUCUUACACAAUACAAGGCUACCACUAAAACCGAAGCUAGUUGUACACCCACUUUUCCCAUUGUCCAUAUAGGCAACACCAAUGUGUCCACCUCUGAACUUUGCUUUGAUAAGGUGCCUACAGUUAGUUCUGAAACACCAGCCACUGUAGACCUUAAAGAAUGUUCUGCAAAAUCUCAUCUUAAAGAAAAAACGAGUGCACAUCCAAAAUUAACUAGAGCGACAGCAGGCAAAACCUGCAUCCACGGUAAACCUGAGUCAGUGGAACUUUCCUUAGCGAUGAAUUCUCAAGAUAAUAAAAGCACUGAAGCACUUUAUGUCCUUAGAACCAACAGUAAAAUUAAGAUUACAUCUGUUACAAACCAAGAUACUAGGGAGGUGACUGUAGAAAAAAGUAAGUCUAGUAUUUCUCAGAGCAUAGGGAAAGAAGGAGACUUAAGGAAGACACUGUCUGAUGCCAACGACAUUGGCAUUACUUCCUUACCCAAAGCUGUAUGUUCAGAUGUCUCCUUAAGUAAAAUGCACUUAACUGUGAGUGGCUGUAAGGAGAAAAAUGAGCAAAUUCCAAACCAUAAUGCUGCAAAUGUCAAGGUUAAGAAGGACACCCAGACAUCCUCCAGUAAGACGUGCACUGCCUUAAAGGAGGGCAAUGUUUUCAAUAAACCUGUCACUGAUAAGCAACCAUGUGUCAUUACCAAUACUGCAGCCCCAGUGACAGUGCGGAGAGACCCACCUUCAUCUCCGAGCAAAAAGACUGUUGCGAAAAACUUGCCGAAGCCACCAGCCGCACCUCUGGAGAACUCUAAUAGCUUUUCUUCAGACAAAGACUUAAAGGGACAAAAAAGAGGAAAGGAUACAUUUCCACAGAAUAGUCCUCACAAAAAGACAUAAUCUGCCAGCACCUUCACCAAGACCUCUUUACUGUAGUAGCUGCUAAUCUGAAACUUGUUUCGAAACCAGCACUGUGUAGUGUUUCCAUAUCUAUUUGUAUCCUGUUUGAUGAUGCAGUCAGUAGAGGGGUGUUUGUCCCAGAUAUAAGGUAUUUGGUAGCCGGAUGAAGUUACUUUCAGAAAGAUGUACCUAGUCAGUAGAAACGGGAAAGGGCUAUGGGGGAAAAGGUCUGUAAUUUACACUGUUGUAUUUUGUGUUGAAUGUAGAAUGUACAGUUUGCUGCUCAAUUUCAUUGUUUACCUUUUUUUAUUUCUAAAAAAAAAAAAAGACACAAAUUAAUGUUUGGAAUUUUUUUUGCCCUUUUUUUUUCCAUUGUGGAGCUACAAAUCCCUCUGAAAACAACAAAACAAAUAUGGGGGAGAUUUAUCAAAACACGUCUAGAGGAAGAGUGGUGCAGUUGCCCAACCAAUCAGCUCGCUUCUUUCAUUUUUCCCAGGCCUCCUUAAAAAUGAAAGAUGCAAUCUGACUGGUUGCUAUGGGCAACUGCACCGCUCUUCCUCUGCACAGGUUUUUAAAAUCUCCCCCAAUGUGAUGAAAUUUGAUGACUUCUUUUCAAAAGUGGUAUAUAUAGGAAUCUUCAAAGGAAUUCGCAUGAUGCAGAACUCAUUGAUCAGUUAUCAUUUAUAAGCAUCCAGAGGGGCCUAGUGAGUAGUAUAGGAGGAUGUGGAUUUCUGAAAGGGGGUCUUACAAUAAUGUUGGACUAUUAACAGACCCUUUUUGUGCCAAAUAGUUAAUAUCUAUAAUGAUGACCUCAUCUAGCCAAUAUCACCAAUAUGAUGGCUUUGUGACUCUGAUCCUCUAUGUAGUCUAUACUUUAUUAUCACCGGGAGCCUUUCAUAUAUACCUAGCACAUUACUAUUAUUGAAGCACUGAUCUUUCAUUUAGACUUAUGAUUCCAUCCUAUACUCAACCUCCAUUUCACAAGUGCAAAUAUCUAAACUUUUUUGUGGGAAAGAAACCUUAUGUUGCAGUUCUUGAAUGUAUAUAUUUCUGUUUACGACAUAGGCUUAAAAGGGAAGCGUGUUUUGCUACAUAAGAGAAAUUGCUUUUUUUUCUUCUAAAAACAUGUGUGGGUGUUUAAUGUGUAGCCGGGGCCUUACAAUGUAGAGGUUUAGCUGUGCUAGCAUUCUUUUUUUUUAUUUUUAUUUGUAAGUGCAUUAAAUAGCUCCAUACAUUUCAUAGCAUCUCGUUUUCUGUAUUAUAAAUAUGUGAAUAUUGUAAAAUAAAGGGGUUUUGUGUAACAUGGGGCCAUGUUAGAGCUAUUUGGUGCUUGAAGGGGAACUUUACUUUCUAUCUUUUUGUAAAGUCUUAUUUAUAUUUUAUAUACACACUCCCCACCACAUGUAUUUGUUAAUCCACAGCAGUAGAAUGAGGAACUUAACCCUAAUAUGACCUAAGAUUACUGCACUGGGGAUAACCCUCACUCGGAAUGACAGCGCUCGGUUUAUGUUCACAUCAUGUAAUGCGUAGCUGCUACAAUGUUAUGGUGAUAAUUACAAUACGUGAUAUACUAUACAUUGAAGGAAUUACUUUUUUGUCCUCUCUGCUGCACAAUGUAGUAUACAAAGCAGGAAGAGAAGGUUAGUCUGCAAUAGUAUACCUCCAGCAAAGACCUUUAGGACUAUUGCCCUGUAGUCAGGCACUUCUACUGCGGACUCAUGGGAAGUUACUGCCUAAUAUUUAGUGUACAGCUGGCCAUACAAUUUAGAUAGCUGUCAGCCAAACAGUCAUUUGGCUAACCCGAUCAUUUAUAUGACUCUCUCUCCAAACCUCCCCAUAUGCGGUACUUCCAUGCUCAGCUUGACUAAGCAUGCAUGUGUUCUGAAUGGGGGAGGAAGAGAGCUUCUGCCAGUCACCUCUGGUAGUGACUUAUCUUGGGCUUGCUAUAUUCCAACUACCCAAUUCUCUUCUUGACAUUCGUUGUUGGGGGAAGAGUUGAGGCCCCAAUAAGCAUUAGAUGGGCAGCCGGUCACAGCAAAAUCAGCGUGCUCAGCUGACAAUAAUCAAAUGUGUAAGCCAAGCUUAACGCUAAUGGACGCUUGACUUCAACAUAAAAUGGACUUUAUGUAAUUGGUGGAACCACUUAGUAGAGUCUGUUGGAGUACUGUUCAUAUCUAGGGCAGCUACUUACCUGUAGGUAUCCGCAAUGCCCGACAUUGAGCAACUAUAUAAACAUUUAGUCAUCUGUAUUAUAAUUUUCUGUCUACAGAAAAGUUGUAUCAAGGCAGCUAUUGAUAGACAUGCAUUAAGAGAACCUGACGGCUCUCUUGACGUCUGUAUAAGUACAGUAAAUAUUCUGGAGUAUACUUUAUUGCAUUAUGUAGUUGCUCUGGUAUUCCUCCUGGAAAAAGUAAGGUGACAUUUGGGUGUUACCAUUUCUGUGGUGAGUGGGGUGCGUCCCAAAACAGUGUGACACUGUCAGCACUGGUUGGCCGGCCUCCAUGGGGUGGAGACAAACAUGGAUAAGGGUAAUGGUGACAUGCAGUUGUCAGUUUAUUUGUAUGUUUCCUAUGUUUCCUAGAGGACUACUGUAGGGACUGCACAAUGCAAAAUUCUAAGGCUGUGUUUCCACUUUAAAGCUUUCUACAUUCGACAUAUACAGCAUACCGGCAAAAAUGUUUACUCCAUCAUACCACAGUGCACCUGUGUCAGACCUUUUGUGUUGGGUGGACUGAACAUAGCCUACUAGUGACUACAACUACAAUGAGUCAAUUUCCGAGCACAUACUGCAGUCAGAAAUGUGGCUUCCUGCACUUUGGAGUCCACAAAACAGUAAGGGUAGGGUCACACAUGCCGUAUUUUGCUGUGUAUUUGCUGCUGUGUAUUUUCCUACUCAUUGAUAUCGAUGGGUUGGAAAAUACACAGCAGCAAAAUAUGACUUGUGUGACCCUACCCUAUGUGUUCAGAAAGGAACUAUGUUUGGUCCAUUGAAAUCAAUUGGUGCCAGUAUUCUACAAUAUACGUAGGCAAACCUUUCUGUUGGUAUGCCAACAUGUAUCCUCAACAUAGACAGAAGCUUCAAAGUUACUUUAUGGGAUAUACAAGUAUUAAUUAAAGCAGCCAUGGCAGUUUAGCUGGAAGGUCUUCAAUAAAGUGAACAUUGAGACAGCAAUGAUCACCGAAUCUUCCAAAAAAACAGACUACUCCUUCCCAUUUGCAUUCUAUGGUAACUUUGUAGCAGCUUCAGAUCAGUGCUUGUGAAUGUUAUACUUUGUCUAUGACAGUAGUCUCAAACUGUGGCCCACCAGAUGUUGCAAAACAUGCCAGCCGGGCAUGCUGGGAGUGGAAGUUUUGCAACAUCUGAAGGGCCUCAGUUUAAGACCACUGGUCUACAACAAUGGCACAGAUAUAGUGAUCUACCUGAAAGCAACACUGUCUGGUUUUGUCUAUAACAACCAAUCACAGCUCAGCUUUAAUUUUAUUAGAGCUUGUCAAGAUAUGAAAGCUGAGCUGUGAUUGGUUGUUAUGGGUGAAACGGACCGAUAUAUCUGGGCCAAUGUGUUUCAUGUUGCUCUUCGAAGUGUAGACGGAAUGAGAAGUCCAGAUGACAUGUUCAUCGACAGCUCAAGCUUCUUCACUUCAGUCAGAGAUCCACAUCACUACCAUACCUAUCCUGUUUUCCUGGGGCAUUUAAUUCCUAUCGGCUACCUUGAAUAAAUGAUGCAAACUGUUUAUAAAAAAUAACAAAUGAAGCUUGUAGGGUUAGUGGCAAAUCUAAGAAUAACCAAAAAUAAAAGCAACUGCCCAUCAUGCAUUGAGACGCUGCUCAUUUAUGCCUUUUGAGUUCUCAUCCCCCUUGUUGAUUUAAUGUUUACAAAUGUAUUUGUUGUGGAGUCGGUUCUCACACCUGUCAAUCAUUUUUGUAGUCUUACAGUACCUGGUGUGUUCACGUUCCUACUUGUUUGUAUGUGUUAACCUUACUACUGAUGUAAGAUAUUUGUGUUACUGAUUAGUCUCUUCUAUGUAACUAAGAUCUGUGCUCCUUUUCUAGUCUUUUCUGCUGUAGAAAUACCAGCUUAGUAUCUGUGCAAUAAAGUGUUUGUUGUCUUAACUUUAUAUAAAACAAAGUACUCAAGUAAAAAAAAAAGGAAAAAAACCCACAACUUUAUGAAUGUUGUAUUUGUUGUAUACUGGACAAGUAUUUAUACUUCAGCUGCAAUGCGUGCGAUUGAAAUAAAGUCGGCAUGAAGGCUGA